UCGAAAACUUUCUCAGAACGAGUUUGGUCAGAAAUUCAAAACACACUGAAAUAUUGAUAGAACAAGAUCGAUAGAAGAAUAAGGUUUUGGUUUAAAGUAGAGCUUGCUGCAGAUAAUCAAAAGCGAAGAAGUUCAAAAAACUUCAACAGUGAGACUUGGAGAAGAUAGUGCCCAGAAGAUCAAAACCACAGAGAGAUUUCGGGUUGUUGCCAACAACUAUAUUGAAAGUUAAGACCCCAAGUAGUACUGCUGAUGCCAAUAUCAUAGUAUGGACUCGCACCAGCUAUUUGGUAUCAGUGUGUCUGGUGCGGCUCUUCCCUACACAACUUCUCAUCCCACGACUGUGCCAUCUUUGCCCAAUAGACUACUCGGAUCGCUGAAAUUCGACAUUGGAAACUCGCCUUCUUCCCCCUUUUCGACUAAUUUCGAUUCAGAUAACUCCCUCACUACAUUGAGCGAUAGCCAAGAGCAGUACAGCUCAACGGAGAACAAUCUAUCAGGAGUUAGUCCUCCUCCUUGCAAUUCUCCACUAGAAACCAACAGUUAUUAUCUCUAUCCUUGUGGAAAAUCCCUAUUGCAGAAUGCAAACUCUAGCCAGAACUUCAAACACGCUUUGCUUGAGCUAGAGACCGCUUUAAUGGGGCCUGACGAUGAUGUUGAUGAACAUCGGCUAAUUAGACCGAAACCUUCCUACGGGAAGGGUACUUCUGAACAGUCAUUGAAAGAGGAGAGGCAGAGAGGACAAGAACCGGGCCUAAUUCAGCACCAGACAUUUCUAGUCUCUCGGCCAAGGCAGCCCGUUGAUGUUGCCCGAAUUGAAAAGCGUCACAAGUUAAUGGAGGAAGGCUCUUUGCAUCAGCAGGGCUUGCCAUCACCGGAUAAUCUGAAGAACCUCCUGAUUGCCUGCGCCAAAUCUCUAGCCGAAAAUGAUAUCGAAACAUUUGACAAACUGAUCGAAAAAGCCCGAGCCACCGUCUCCAUUAGUGGGGAGCCAAUCCAGCGUCUAGGAGCAUACAUGGUUGAAGGAAUGGUGGCUAGGAAAGAGGCAUCAGGGACCAACAUAUACAGAGCACUUAGAUGCAGAGAGCCAGAAAGCAAAGAAUUACUUUCCUAUAUGCAAAUUCUCUAUGAAAUCUGUCCUUACUUGAAAUUUGGUUAUAUGGCAGCUAAUGGAGCCAUAGCUGAAGCUUGUAGAAACGCAGAUAGAAUUCACAUCGUUGACUUUCAAAUAGCUCAAGGCACACAAUGGUUGACGUUGCUCCAAGCUCUGGCUGCUAGACCAAAUGGCCCUCCGCAUGUGAGAAUUACUGGCAUAGAUGACCCUGUAAACAAAUAUGCCAGAGGCGAUGGACUAGAGGCUGUGGGAAAAAGACUAGCCACAAUCUCACAGAACUUCAAAAUCCCAGUUGAGUUCAACGCAGUGCCUGUUUUUGCACCUGAUGUAACCCGAGAAAUGCUGGGUAUCCGGUCUGAUGAGGCCUUGGCUGUUAACUUCCCACUCCAGCUCCACCACACCCCAGAUGAAAGUGUUGACGUUGCCAACCCAAGAGACGAGCUUCUUAGAAUGGUGAAAUCUCUCUCCCCAAGAGUUGUGACUUUGGUGGAGCAAGAGUCGAACACCAACACGACACCGUUUUUCCACAGGUUCGUGGAGGCUAUGGACUUUUACUUGGCUAUGUUCGAGUCCAUAGACGUGACAUUGCCGAGAGACUCAAAGUAUAGGAUCAAUGUUGAGCAGCAUUGUUUGGCGAGGGACAUAGUGAACGUGGUGGCUUGUGAAGGUAGGGAAAGAGUUGAACGACAUGAGCUCUUGGGGAAAUGGAAGUCAAGGUUGACCAUGGCGGGUUUCAAGCAAUACCCUUUGAGCUCUUAUGUCAACUGUGUCAUAAGAAGCCUGCUGAGGUGUUAUUCUGAGCAUUAUACAUUGGCAGAGAAAGAUGGUGCUAUGCUUUUGGGCUGGAAAGAUAGAAACUUGAUAUCGGCUUCUGCUUGGCACUGAUUAUCUAUCAAGUCAACAUAUAAAAUAUAUGUUAUAUAUAGGAGAAAAUAUUAUAAUAAGAUCAUGAGAAGGAAAAAAAACUAGAGGUAGAGGAAAUAGUUAUACAAGUUAUUCAUUUAAUAGAUUCUUUUAUGUCGAGAUGUUUUUUUUAAUAGAAAUGUAGGAGAAGGCUAUUAGAGAUUUACUACUAGUUUUAUGUAUCAUAUUUGUGGAUCAUAAUGGCUGAUGUACUAUAAACACAAAGUGUUCGUUUAUUUGAUUAUUUUGUUAAACGGUGGCCUUAAGCUGCUUCUAUUAA